GUUCAGCAUAGAUGAAGGCCAGACUUGGAGUACACAUAAUUUUACCAGCACUUCAGUCUUUGUAGAUGGAUUACUUAGUGAACCUGGAGAUGAGACACUGGUCAUGACUGUCUUUGGACAUAUUAGCUACCGUUCAGACUGGGAACUGGUGAAGGUGGAUUUCAGACCAUCCUUCCCUCGGGAGUGCACUGAUGAUGACUAUGAAUCUUGGGAGCUCACAAAUCUACAGGGUGAUCGUUGCAUCAUGGGCCAGCAGAGGAGCUUUCGGAAGAGGAAGAUUUCAUCGUGGUGCAUUAAAGGGAGAAGUUUCACAUCAGCUCUCACAUCCAAAGUUUGUGAAUGUGUGAACUCUGAUUUCUUAUGUGAUUAUGGGUUUGAGCGCUCUGCAUCUCUGAAGUCAGAGGCUAGCAAAUGCUUUGCUGACUUUUGGUUUAACCCAGAAGCACCUCCUGAAGACUGCAUGCUGGGGCAGGCAUACACCAGCAGCACUGGGUACAGGAAAGUUGUUUCUAAUGUGUGUGAAGGUGGCAUAGACCUGCAGCAGAACUUAGCACAGCAUAUGUGUCCAUUGAUUGCUCCCAAGGGACUUCAGAUCAGCAUCAGAGAAGAAAGCCUGGCUGUUAAGCCUGGGGAAGACAUCACAUUCAUCGUCAGGCAAGAGCAGGGUGAUAUAUUGAAUACUAAAUACCAGGUGGAUCUUGGAGAUGGCUUUAAGGCAAUAUAUGUGAACCUUACGAUGACUGGAGAACCCAUCCGUCACCGCUAUGAGAAUCCUGGCAUUUACCGUGUCUCCGUGAAGGCUGAGAAUGUGGCUGGCCAUGAUGAGGCUGUGAUGUUCAUCCAAGUCAACUCUCCACUGCAGGCUUUAAAUUUAGAAGUGGUUCCAGUUGUUGGGAGGAACCAGGAGGCGAAUCUGACAGCCAUCAUACUGCCUAAGAACCCCAAUUUGACAGUCUUCUACUGGUGGAUAGGAAACAAUCUUCAGCCACUACUUACAUUGGACAAUUUUCUGGUGACAAAGUUUGCAGAGACAGGUGACAUCAGAGUUACAGUGCAGGCUUCCUGUGGGAGCUCCAUGCUUCAGGACUCAAAAGUCGUCCAUGUUUUUGAUCAUUUUCAUGUUCUUCCUCUGAAGUUUACUAAGCACCUGGACAUGUACAAUCCUGACAUACCGGAGUGGAGGGAGGACAUAGGGCGGGUAGUAACACGACUUCUUGCAAAGGAAACCAAUAUACCCGAAGAAACACUCAUGACAGUUGUGAAACCUGGUUUGCCCACAACUGCUGACUUGCAUGUGCUGCUACCAGCAAACCAACCGAAAAGAAAGAGAAGUGUAACUAGUGAUAAGGUAACCAGAGCAAUGGCAUUUUACAACUUUCUGAGACAAGGUCACAGUAUCCAAAGAGCUGGAGAAGUAGGGAAGAUGAAGCUCUUCAUACUAACACAAAACCGUAGAUUGUGUUUGGAAUUGAUGGGGUACACUUUGGAAGGUCCAAAGAAGUACAGUGUGAAUGCACAAAAUUUUCUGCUUUGUGGCAACCCCAAACCCUUACUGGUCUCGCUCUGUAAUCACAGUGGGAAUUCCUGGGAGUCUGAAAUCCUGGAUGGACCAGGUCAGACCAGUGGUGGCAGGGCAUUAUGUGUAUGGAAAUACCAAAUAUGGUACAACUUACAUUUGGUUGGAGCAGGAACAAAGGGAGUCAAGAGCAAUUACAGUGACCUAUGGUAUCCAGUGCUAAAACAUCAG